UUUAUUUGACCCUCAUUUUAUUUUAAUGAAUAAUAGCAACCAUAUUGUGUUGUCAAUGUGGUCAACUUACAGAGCUGUCAUGCCAUAGUGUCAUUGUCAAAUUAUAUGUCAUUGAAUUUAAACUUCGUUUGAAUUCAUAAAAAAUAUUGAAUAUUUGUUAUAUUUACUGCAGAGUAAAAUGAGUAAAAGAAGCUCAACAGUUAUGGCAGCAAACCUGAAUACUAAGAAAGCAAAACAUUGGUCUUUAGGAUUACUCGACUCUAUGAAGGACCCGGAAAGUAUAGCGAAAGAAACUAAACAAGCUGUUGUAAUUAAAGAUAAAUAUCCUAAAGCAAAAAUUCAUUAUUUAGUAUUGUCUCAUGCCGAUAUAAGCAGUAUAUAUAAGUUAGACAAAUCACAUAUUGAUCUCCUAAUAGAAUUUGAUAAUUUGUUCAAAGAAAUACAAAGUGAUGUGGAGUUACCACUUAAAGCCGGCUUUCACGCAGUGCCAAGUAUGCAGCGGAUGCAUAUGCACAUAAUCAGCACAGAUAUGGUGUCACCUUGUUUAAAAACAAAAGUACACUACAACAGUUUCACAACUCAGUUCUUUAGGCCAUAUACAGAUAUAUUACAAGAAUUAAAAGAAAAUGGAUGCAUUAAGAAAAUGUCUCCCGAGUUACACAAAAGUUUAAUGUCUACUGAACUACAGUGCAACCAAUGUGCAUACAAGCCUAAAAAUAUGCCACAGCUAAAAGAACAUUUACUAACCCAUAUUAAAUAUUAAUAAAAAUAAGAUCAAGUUAAUUUUAUAA